CGUAUCGAAACCCAAGGGGCCAAAAUAAACAUUACAAGUUUCUUCAAACCGAGGGUUUUUCUCCGCCAUUUUUUCCCUCUCCGGAAUUCGCAUUUCUCUGUGUUCAACAAUGGCCGAAACAAUUUGUAGAGCUCUACGUGAUGGAGCAUUCGAAGGAGAACACGCUCCUGCUCUAACUAUAAAGGAUACUAUCGACACGCCUCUCGGUUCCUUCGUCUUCAACCAUAUUCUUACGCAACUUACUUCCAACAUUCUCGCCGGUAAAUCACAAGCUCGAGGUGUUGUGCUGGUCGCUUUAUCACGGCCUCCAUCGUUCUAUGUUGAACUGUUGAAGAAUAAAGGUUUCGACGUUUCUUCAUCGAGUAAAUGGCUAAGAGUUUUAGAUUGCUAUUCUGAUCCUCUUGGAUGGAAAAACAAGUUAUUGGAGAGGGGAACUGUAAGAAAUCCCUAUGAAGAGACCUUACUGAAAACUACCUUAUGUAAGAACUUGAAAGAAUUGGACAAGGUUUUGUCUUCUAUUAUUGAACUUGGAAAAGAAAUUGUUGAAGAGGGAAAAGGGAGAUUUGCAGUUGCAAUAGACUCGGUUAGUGAGAUCUUGAGACAUUCAUCUCUACCUUCUGUUGCAAGAAUCUUAAGUCAUCUUCGCAGUCAUGACCAGGUCUCAUGCAUAUUUUGCUUGGUGCAUGUGGACCUUCAUGAGGCCAAGGUGGCUGCCACUCUUGAAUAUUUGUCCACUAUGCAUGCGGAUGUGGAACCAAUAGUUCAAAGAACAAAUGGACAGAGAAACAUCUCAGAGGACCUCCCAAUGGUGGAACAGUCCUUUAAGAGAGGAAAAUUUCAUGUACGCUUUAAACGCAGAAAUGGACGUGUCAGAGUGAUGAGGGAAGAGCUUUAUGUUGAGGGAUCAGGCAUCAAAAUUACUGAAGUUUCAUCUGAAGAUGGAAUCACUGCACAAAGUCUUGUUCCCAAGGUGCAAUUCAAUUUAGAUUUGUCAGAGAAGGAAAGAUUAGACCGAGCAAAAGUUGUACUCCCAUUUGAACAUCAAGGAACUGGUAAACCCAUUCAAAUCUAUGAUGGUCGUAAAUCACUUAACGAGAGCGAAAAUGAGGAGAAACAAGCUUCAGUUGAGAAACCGCAAACAACAGAGGAUUCUGGGAGGGGUGAGAUAAUAUAUUUUCGCGAUUCAGAUGAUGAGAUGCCAGAUUCAGAUGAGGACCCUGAUGAUGAUUUGGACAUAUGAUUGUGUGUAUAAUCACUUUCAAGCAUCAUGAUACCAGAUUUUUAGAUGAAGGCUUUUUGUGACCACCUUACAAUCUAAAUUAUGUCAAAAGUCAGGCUGCCAUAACCAAAUCCAUGUCCGAAAUGUUUUGCUGGCAGUCUACUUAUACAAAUCGGUGAAAUGGAAUAUUCUUGACCUCUCUUAAGUUUAUAGGGUGACUGGCAUUGCCAGCCACAUAGUAGGUUUGAUUGAUCCCUGCGAGUAUUUAAGUGCAACUUAUCUUUAAGUUGUAGUGUGCACUGUGUCAUGGCUGUAGCCUUUGACUACGCUUAUUAAGGGUACAAGGGGGUUGUAGUAGAGAAUCAAACCAGUUGUAAGGUGGUAAGUUUAUUUGGUGUCUUUCUGGUGGGAUUACUACGGGAUAAUUUUGUUCAUAUAUAAGAUUGUCUAACACCUUUGUAACUUGUAUGACUUGACCAUACAUUAAUUUGUUACAUAUGUUAUCUGAAGCUUGGAUC